UGGUGGAGGGUGGGAGCAGCGAUAGGGCAAAGGGGUGUCUGGAGCAGGAGCUGGGCACGGCUCUGGCUAAAUACACCCUGCCUGGCACAGGAGCUGCCACAGAGCCACCGGCACCAGGGACCAUGUGGGGGCUGGCGCUGGCCCUGCUCUGCCUCCCGCUUGGGGAGGGGACGCUCAGGAUCCCCCUGAGGAGGGGCAGGUCCAUCUGGGAGGUGAUGAGAGAGAAGGGGCUGCCAGAGGGUUUCCUGAACAACCUUAGAGGGGACCCAGGGAGGAAAUACCAGCUCAGUGGUGCUGUGGCUUAUGAACCUCUCAUGAACUACCUGGAUACCUUCUACUUCGGGGAGGUCAGCAUCGGGACCCCUCCCCAGAAUUUCCUGGUGAUCUUCGACACCGGCUCUUCCAACCUGUGGGUUCCCUCCACCUACUGCCAGAGUCCAGCCUGUGAGGAUCACACCAGGUUCAACCACAGCCUGUCGUCCACCUUCCUGGGCAUCGACGUGACCUACACCCUGAGAUACGGGUUCGGGGACCUGUCGGUGGUGCUGGGAUAUGACACGGUGACAAUCCAGAACAUUGUCAUCAGGAACCAGGAGUUUGGCCUGAGCCUGUACGAGCCCAGCAGACCCUUUUACUACCUGGAUUUUGAUGGGAUUUUGGGCAUGGCUUACCCAGGCGUUGCCAUCAGUGGUUUCAACACGCUGAUGCAGAACAUGCUGCAGCAGAACCAGCUCAGUGAACCCAUCUUCAGCUUCUACUUCUCCCGCAACCCAACAUAUAGUUACGGUGGGGAAGUCAUCCUGGGGGGGGUUGACCCCCAGCUGUACUCCGGGGAGGUUUUAUGGGCUCCUGUGGUCCAGGAAUUGUACUGGAAGAUCAGUAUCGAGGAGUUUUCCAUUGGGUAUUCAGUCACCAGCUGGUGCAGCCAAGGCUGUCAUGGCAUUGUGGACACUGGGACAUUCCUGCUGACCAUCCCAGGGCAGUUCAUGGCAGCCCUGCUGCAGGCGCUGGGCGCAGAGGAGAGCGACUACGGGGUAGGUGGGCAGGAGGCACCGGGUGAUGCCGAGGGACAAGGACACACCUGGGAGCAAAACAUCUCACCUGGAACAGCCCUGCAGUGCUGUGAGACAGAAAUAAUUCUUCCAAACGUGACGAGUGUGGGGCAGCACAACCCUGGCACCAUCAGAGCCGUGCUGACCCUUAAGGAGUGUGGCCACUGGCAUAAGGCCAGUGCCAGCCCGGGAGUCCUGACCCCUCUGCCCCUCUUUGCCUCUCUUGCAGUUCCUCGUUGACUGCAGCAGUGUCCCAAACAUGCCCACUCUCUACUUUGCCAUCAGUGGGGCCUGGUUGUCGCUGCCUCCCACUGUCUA